AUGGAGGCCCGGUCGAGCGGGACGACGGCGACGGAUCCCGGCGCCGCUCCGGCGAACGCGAGACGAGGCGGGGCCGAGCCUGGGGACCGGCGGGGAGGCCGGAGACGGAGGGAACGGCGGAUCCGGCCGCGGCCAGGCCGGAUCUGGCCGGGGAGACGGCCGGCGGCGGGGUUCAGGGGCGGCGGCGACUGGAGGUCGCCGGCGAGGCGCGGGCGCAUCGGCGGCGGAGCUGACGAGGAGGAGACGGGCGGCGCUGGCCUGGCGGCGGAGGAGGCUCGGCGGGGCUGCCGGGGUUGUCGGCGGGAGGCGCGAGGCGGCGGUGGAGGUGGCCGGCGACGGGAGCCGGGCGGCGGUGGAGGGAGCGGGCGCUCGGGCUGGCUGCGGGCCUCGGAGCCCAGAUCGGGGCCCGGGCGGGCCUGGCACGGGCCUGGCGGCUGGAGGUGCGGGGAAGGCGACGUGGCCGGCUCCCAUUGGCCCGGGGCGCUGGCUGUGGCAGUGGGGGCGCGCCACUUGGCGGCGGGGAGGUGGCCGGCGCCGGAUUUCGAGGAGGGAGGCGGCUGGAGGCACGGAAAACGAGGGGGAGGUUGGUAG